UAUGAAUAACCCUGUACAUACUUAAAAGCAAACAAAUAUGGAAAGCCUACGUAUGAUCAGAGCUAUUUCAUUCUAUUGCUACUGCAACUAAACCACAUUGAACGGGUUUGUACUAUAUUUAUGGACUAAGUAAAAAUAUUAGAGGAUGCGAUCUAUUUCGUAGAGUUUAAUCUUGCAUUUCAUUAUUAUAUAUUAAAGUAAAACUAUAAUUUGAUUUACAGUUCCUUUUCAGUUUUUGUAUAGCAAUUAGAGUUAAGUGAUAUGCCGUCCUUUUCUGUUUUUGCAUAUUGAUAUUUAUCUUUAUUGCCAAUAGUCCCCUGAAGAUGUCCACAAGCAAUGAUUAUAAUUCUGGAAACUUGUAUGGUCCUUUGACUACGCACAAUCUGAUAUUGCCCAGACCCAAUGAAAUCCGAACUGUUGGAAUGAAAGCAGACAAAGAGAUGGGAGAACAUAUGCCAUGGAUGGCUCGACAGUGCCACUUGCAGGGAAGGGUGGACCAUAUUUUAUGGCAGACAUUGAAAGACAGAGGAUCAUCCUGUAAUCACGGACAUUUAGUUAUACCGGAUUACAUCGUUCCCGGAUACACAGGAUGCUUGCAUCGAAAUCCCAUGUAUACCGGCUCAAUUUUCAAGCGUUGUUGUCCCAAUGCCAGUUAUGAUUACGAUAUUAUCCAGAACACAAAGCCAUAUGAAUCUCAGAACGUUUCCUGCAAACAAAUUACACCUAUCGUGCCUAGCCUUCGUUUGUGCAUGGGACGGAAGGAAUGGACCUGAUGUAGUGACAAAAAAUGGAAGAGAGAUGAUAAUUUGCUUCAAUGAACACUUCUUUGAACUAUUUGU